AGAAGGAGAGAGAGAGAGAGAGAGAGAUUCUUCUACACAUAGAGCGAAGAAGCGAAAGCGCAUUCCUCGUGAGCACGACUCUCCCUCUCUCUCUCUCUCUCUCUUUCUUUGUAGUUUUUCCCUGCUCUUUUGGGCUUAAAUCAGCUGCGACGGACCAAAAGUUGCGCAGAGAAGGUGAACCGUGGCCGCAGAGGUGGCCGGAAAAUGACGUCGGACGGGGCCACGUCAGCGUCGACGGCGCGGAGGAAGCCGUCGUGGAGGGAGAGAGAGAACAACAGGAGGAGAGAGAGAAGGAGAAGAGCGAUCGCCGCGAAGAUAUACUCGGGUCUCAGAGCUCAGGGGAACUUCAACUUGCCCAAGCACUGCGACAAUAAUGAAGUCUUGAAAGCUCUCUGCUCCCAAGCCGGUUGGACCGUCGAAGAAGACGGUACUACUUAUCGCAAGGGAUGUGAGCCACACCCAAUAGAUGUGGCGGGCACUUCCACAAGAAUAACCCCUUAUACUUCCCAAAACCCGAGUCCAUUGUCUUCAUCCUUUCCAAGUCCAAUCCCUUCCUACCAAGUCAGUCCUUCUUCUUCUUCCUUCCCUAGCCCGUCUCGUCUUGACGGCGGCUACAACCCGACUAAUCUCAUUCCCUAUCUAAGGAGUGCCAUUCCAUCAUCUCUCCCACCUCUCAGAAUCUCAAAUAGUGCCCCUGUAACCCCACCACUCUCAUCCCCAACCUCAAGAAAUCCCAAGCCAAUUCCCAACUGGGAGACCAUUGCUAAAGAAUCCAUGGCCUCUUUCAAUUACCCCUUUUAUGCUGUUUCUGCACCGGCUAGCCCAACCCGCCACCAGCUUCAUGUCCCGGCAGCUCCUAUACCGGAAUGUGAUGAAUCUGAUACAUCCACUGUUGAUUCUGGCCAAUGGGUUAGCUUCCAAAAGUUUGCGCCUUCUGCCUCCGUGAUGCCAACCUCGCCAACCUUCAAUCUUGUGAAGCCUGCCGUGCAGUCAAUUUCGCCGAGCAAUGCAGUCCCUGAAGCAGGGAGAGGAGCGGAGUUUGACUUUGGGGGUGGACAGGUGAAGCCCUGGGUUGGAGAGAGGAUCCAUGAGGUUGGAUUGGAUGACUUGGAGCUCACGCUGGGAAGCGGGAAAGCUGCCCGGAGUUGAAGCCUCCGGUGGUGGAAUGCAAAGUGUGUGUUAUAAAAGAACAGAAAAAGGACUCCCGUUUGCUGGUUUGUUGCCUUAUUUCAGCUUAGUGUUGAAGCGCAUUUCCAGUCUCUGGCUCAAUCCCCUUCAACAGAAAUCUGCAUAUCUUAAAACCAGAUUGGGUUCUUUCAAGUAAUUGAAUUCCAUGGUGAAUUCUUUUUUUUUUAUUAUUUAUUUCUAUUUUUUCUUCCCUCAUCUCAGUUUGAAAUGUUGAUCAAGCAUUACAUGUAGAUAUUGCUGCAAUUGCCCGAGUUUUUUUUUUCUUUUCUUUUUACC